AUCUGCAUCAUGAGUGUUCCAAGCUUACACUCUUAUCCUCCAUGCUUAGAGGGGAGGUAGCACAUCUUUGUUAGUAAGUUCUCUAGACCUGAACACACGUGUUAGGUCUGUUCAGGUUCUUUAGUUGGAACAAUCCGCGGCUUGUUUGGAAAGGACUGAAGAUAUUCACAAUCACAAGACGACAAAGAAUGGAUGAAUGUAAAAAUAAUGCAAAUCCAGAACUAGACAACUAUGAGAUGGAAGAUGAGGAUGAUGAGGAUGAUAUGUGGGAUGAUGAGGAGGAGGAUGAUGACCUUGCCCUGAAAGCUGCUCCAGUGAAAUGUUUCUUUUCUGAAGAGAUUUUCUCCUCUCCUACUUCUAUGUUGACACACUGCAGAGAAAACCACAAUUUCAAUCUUGUCCUGAUUUCAACUCAUACAGAUCUUGAUUGCAUAGGUUUCAUCAAACUCGUAAAUUACAUAAGAUCUACUAAAGCAUCAGGGCCAGACAUUAUGGAAUCCAUUCAUAGAUCAGAAGUACCUUGGGAGGAUGAUGGCUUUAUGAAACCAGUUGAUAUGGAAGAUCCUAUGCUCCAGUUUGAUAUUGAGUCCUAUCUUGAAGACCAGAGUAACAGAUUGGAUAAUGGAGCUACUUCUCAAGGUGACCUCUCAAAAUCCAGUGAAAUGGUCACCAUACCUGCAAAAGACUUGGCAGAGUUGAGGAGAAAAGUCCGCUGCCUUGAAGAGAGACUUGGUCUGACUGAGGAAGCUUUGGAGCGUGCCAUGCAGGAUAUGACUUCAGCAAGAGAAUUCGCCCAUGGCCUGAUUGCAUCGGCUGCAGACUCACCCAGCAGUAAUAGCAAAGAAAAGCAGAAUGCUUCAGUUGGGCAGCGAUUGACUGAAGAAGAGGACGAGGCUUACUUUGAUUCUUACGGUCACUAUGGAAUCCAUGAAGAGAUGCUCAAGGAUAAAGUCAGGACACAGGCUUACAUGGAUUUCAUCUAUGAUAAUCCAUACAUCUUCAAGGAUAAGGUAGUAUUAGAUGUUGGAUGUGGCACAGGAAUUUUAUCUAUGUUUGCCGCCAAGGCUGGUGCAAGACAGGUCAUUGCUGUUGAUCAAUCAGAUAUUGUCUACCAAGCUAUGGACAUUGUCAGGCAGAAUGGAUUGGAUGGAGUAAUAACUCUCAAGAAAGGAAGGUUAGAAGAUGUGGAUCUUCCAGUGGAAAAGGUUGAUGUCAUCAUAUCUGAAUGGAUGGGAUAUUUUCUUCUCUUUGAAUCCAUGUUAGAUACAGUCCUUUAUGCUAGGUCCAAGUACUUGAAAGAAGGAGGAAUGGUGUACCCAGAUCUGAGCACCCUGAGUCUAGUAGCAGUGAGUGAUCAGAAAGGAUAUGCAUCACGCAUUGCAUUCUGGGAUGAUGUCUAUGGAUUCAAGAUGUCAUGCAUGAAGUCGUGUGUCUUGGAGGAAAGUUCAGUGGAUUACAUUGAUCCAGACACAGUCAUUUCAAAACCUUGUAUGAUCAAAUGUUUGGACAUUUCCACAGUUCAAGUGCGUGAUUUGGACUUCAUUACAGAUUUUCAGAUGGAAGUACUUUGUGAUGGCCUGUGCACAGGUCUGGUUGGAUUCUUUGAUGUCAUUUUUGAAAAGAAUUGUCACAAGGCGGUGAUGUUCUCUACAGGUCCAUCAGCUCCCAAGACUCAUUGGAAACAGACCAUCUUUCCUCUGAGGAAGCCAUUCCAUUUGAAGAAAGGAGACACCCUCUCUGGUAAAAUCUCAUGCAGGAAAGACAGGAAGGAGAUGCGAUCUCUGUUGGUCACGAUUACCAUUGAAAAUGAGACACUCACAUACCAUGUCAGAUAAUUAUCUAUGGGCAUUUUCGCAGUUGCUGUAAGAAGAAUUGACUUGGAUAUGCUGCAUUAGAUACUGUCAGAUAUCCGACAAGUUCAACUUUUCAUGAAAUGCUUCAAAGGUCUGAUGUGGACAUUAUGGCAGUUCCAUGAAAGAAUCAGCCUCUUCGUACAUUCAACCCCAAUUUAUUGUAUGGGGGGAGGGCACUGUUAAAAGGUGGACUCCAUGCUCAUACAACAUGGACCAUUAAUAUGGCCCAAUCACCCUUCACUCCCAGAGAACCCUGAACAAGUAUUUGUCAUGUUUUCCUCCACCCAAAUAAUGCCCUUUUUUUACGUGUACAUCGCCCAUGAAUAGUGUUUUUAUUUGCUUUAUAUAUUGAGCAUUGUGUCAAACUUGUAAUGACAGUGCUAUCUCCCCUCCCCCCCCCCCCCCCCGAUAUUUUGGGAUACGAUUAUUGCCAGCUGGAUGACCUUGAAUAGUCUAUGUAUCAUGAUAAAUGUCAACAACAAAAAUUGUAUUCCAUCUUUCCUCCCUUGCUUGGAUACAAUGGGUUAUUUCAAGUCUGGUGUUGAGGACAUGAAAAAGGCUGGGCUCAUAAGUAUGAUACUGAUUGCAUUAUGCAACUUAUGUGAAAUCAUGGAAAAAUGCAGUAAAAUAUCAUCGUAUAGAAUGCCAAGGCGAAAAUUACUGCAAGAAUCAAACAGAAUACCGUAAAUGAAAACACCAACACCGUACUUGAAACUUACCCAUGUUACCUGGAAGGGAAGGGGGAACAAUGUUUACAAACCAUAUGAAACAGCAUUAAAGGGAUGGUCCAGGCUAGACAUAUUUAUAUCUCAAUAAAUAGAGUAAAAUUCACAGAGCAAAAUGCUGAAAAUUUGAUAUAUAACAAAGUUAUUGAAUUUUAAAGAUGUGCAUUAUUCUGGUGACAGUUCUAGGCAUGUCAUAUCCCCACUUGUUCUUUUGUAUUUUACUUAUGAAAUUAGGUUUAUUCAACAUUUUUCUACCAAGAACUUAAAACAAUUGGAUUGAAAACUUAUUAAGUGCAUCAGUUAUUUAUUGCCGCAACUUAUUUCAUCACAAUGGAGACACAUCAUUUACACAUGUAUGAAACAAUCAUGAUUUCAUGUAAUAACAUAAGAAAAAAAGUGGGGAUGUGACAUCAUCAGCCCACCUAAUGAAUAUUCAUGACGAUGUGCAUAUAACUCUUUUCACAAAAUAUUGAUGAACUUUAAAAUUGAAUAACUUCGUUAUUUGAUUUACUCAUUUUGAUGAAAUUUUCACCAUCUUGCUCUGUGAAUUUUACUCUAAUUAAGAUAUAAAUAUUUGCAGCCCGGACAAUCCCUUAAAAAAAAACACCUUUAGUGUGAAUUUGAUCCAUUGAAUGUAUCUAAUAAAUUCCUUAGGAAGCAUGUUCCUAACUAUAUGUCUUUAAAACAGUAUUUUGUGCUCUUGAGACAAGAUAUAUUUAAAAGUAAAUUAUUUUAUUUGCACAUCUUCAAUCUACAUUAAAAACAUUUAACGGCAAGUUCAAUAUUUUGUUCGGUCAAAACAAAAUUAUUUCUUUCAUUGUGCAAAUAUAUAAUUAGAAUUCACACACAAUUACAGAAAACGUGAUUGAAUAAAACAAAUCUGGUUUUACCCUUAAAAGGACUGGGUUAUUUGAGAUGUAUGGGGGGGGGUGCCGCUGAAAUAUGGCACGCACAUUCAUUUUAAAGUAUAC